AUGAAGUUCGCAAUACUAACUCUGUUGCUGGUCUCAGCUUAUGCCCAGGCCAGAUCGUUUGAGCCUAAAGGAGCCUUAGGGCUCUCUGCAUAUGGAUACUUACAGAAAAGUGUGAUAUAUGCGGAGGAAAGACGCAAAGCCGAAGAAGCGUAUUUGAACAACCAAAGGAUCAUUGGAGGAAGUGCCGCUGUUUUGGGACAAUUCCCCUAUCAGGCUGGAAUUCACCUCGAAAUAGCUGGGAUUACUGGUGUAGGCGUAUGUGGAGGGACCUUGGUUAGUGAAACGCGAAUUAUCACAGCUGCCCACUGCUGGUUCGACGGUUUUAGUCAAGUUAUUACAAUGUCUGCCCGACUAGGCACCGUAUUGUUAUUCGGCAACGAUGGCAUCACUACACCUAAAACCAACCAAGUCAUAAUGCACCCGGAUUGGUUCCCAGCUAUGAUACGCAACGACGUCGCCGUUAUGUACCUUCCAAAUGCUGUCACACUGUCAAACACCCUCUAUCCUAUUCGUCUACCAUCUGGGUCAGAACUUGAGGAAGACUUCACUGGAGAGCUUACAAUUAUUUCAGGCUACGGUCUUACAAAUGUCUCUUCAGGAGUGUCAGAAACCCUGCGAUAUGUGAGCGUUAGCGUAAUGUCCAAUGAAGAAUGCAUAGAGUUCUACAAUCCAGCAUUAUUACUACCAACCAAUAUUUGCACCAGUGGCGCCGGGGUCGUUGGCGCCUGCUCAAGUGACUCCGGUGGACCACUCGCCUUUACCAGGAAUAACAGGACAAUCUUGAUCGGUGUCGUUUCUUUCGGAUCAACUGAUGGAUGUAUGGUAUCCCAUCCAACAGCGUAUGGCAGAUUUCUGGUAACUGUACGAGAGGCCAAAAUGAAAUUGACAGUUUUGACUCUUUUGGUGGUUGCUGCUUGCACCCAAGCCAGUUCUAUUGAGGCCAAAGAUGUCCUCACUUCCGCAUACGGAUAUUUGGAAAGGAGUCUGGUAUACACAGAGGAAAAACGCAAAGUAGAGGAAGAAUAUCUGGCCAACCAAAGGAUCAUUGGUGGUGUCCCCGCUGCUUUAGGACAGUACCCAUGGCAGGCUGGCUUGCUACUUGACAUCGUUGGCCUGGAUGGUAUGGGCGUGUGUGGCGCGUCUUUGAUCAGCGCUUCACGACUCGUCACCGCUGCACACUGCUGGUGGGAUGGUCUACACCAAGUCUGGAGAGUGACUGUGCGACUGGGCACUGUGAUGCUCUUUGGCAAUGAUGGUGUCACUCUACAAACCAGUGUGGUUGUGCCGAGCCCAAAUUGGUUUCCGGCUCUAGCGCGCAACGAUAUUGCAGUUAUCUACCUUACAAAUUCUGUUCCAAUAUCAAACAACAUCGCCCCUAUCAGCUUACCGACCGGGUCGGAAAUCGAGGAUAGCUUCGCCGGAAGGCUCGCUAUUGCUUCAGGCUUCGGCCUUACGAGUGCCGGUGGAGGCAUCGGACAAGACCAGAACCUUCAACAUGUACGUCUGAGUGUAAUGGAGAACUCAGUGUGCCAGGCGUUGUUCAUACCGACACUGGUACAGCCAACCAAUAUUUGUACCAGUGGCGUCGGCAGCGUCGGUGCGUGCGGAGGCGAUUCCGGUGGACCACUCUCAAUUACCUUAAAUGGCAGGAAUGUCUUGAUCGGUGUCGUGUCUUUUGGACCUCCGCCUCCUCUGACCUGCGAGUCAUCGUUCCCAACAGUAUACGCCAGAGUGACUUCCUUCGUAGAUUUCCUAAAUCAACAUCUGGACUGAACUCAUAUGUGUCUUAUGUGUUAUGAUGUACCUAUAUUUAAACAAUUAAGAAACAAAAAUGAAGACGCAU